AUACUUUAUCAUUCCUUCCACACCACUUUGAUUUUCAGAUUUGUAAAAACAACACACACAUUGAUUUCACACACAUUAAAACCUCUCAACACAACACACACACACACACUUUAAGUUUGAAAGAACAAGAAACAUGUCCUUCAUUUGUGGCUCUUUUCGUAGCCAGCAAGAAGAAGAUGACUACGAUGUGCUUUGGCCAUCUACUCCGAAAAAACCAACAAGAAGACGACAGAUUUUCGGUAGCCGAAGGGGUAAAAACGCCACAAACCCAUAUUCGGAUCGUGGUCUAGACAAGUUUGAGGCGCUUUUAGCGGAUCUUGACAAGAAAAGGCAAAAGAUUUUGACACAAAAAGGGGCUGAAGAUGUCUCCAUGGUUAAGUUCAUUUUUAGUGGCCCCAAUGAAGUACAACCCAUUGUAGUCAAGUUUCGCGAUCAAAGAAAACAUGAUGACAUGAGUUUGCCAAGUACUAAAGAACUCGAUCUUCCAAAGAAUGAUGCUUUUGUUAAAGCGAAAAGUGGUGGUAAUGAAGCGGAAGAAGAUUACACGAAACCAUCGGUUGAUCAGUGUAAAAGAAAGUUUGGAGAAUGGUGGAAACCCUCGUAUUAUCUACCGUUGUUUGUGAUCUUGAUCUUGGUGUUCUUGAUGUUUUUCGGACGUUCUUUCACAAUAUUAUGUACUUCUAUAGGUUGGUAUUUGGUUCCAAUCUUUAAUGCGAUUAUAGACAAGUCAAAGCAGCCGAAUAUCAUCACAAAGAAAGAGCAUUUGAAGAGGUCAAGACUCAAGACGGCCCAUAAGCAAUAAAAAAAUACCAAAACAGAAGCUUCUGAUCGAGCUUUGAACUAAUCAGCAUCGAUUGGACAUUCUUUGAUAUUGGUAUCGACCCAAACAACUUAUUUUUUCGGUUUGUUUUAGGGGUUAUCAUUUGAAUGUAUAUUAGAUUCUUUGUGGGGAUGUUCUUGUGUAUAUUUUUUUGUUCUUUUGUUUGUUUGUAGCGUUACGCAUGUCGAGUUGAACUGAAAGUUCGAUCGCUUGUUUUGACAAACUUGUAAAUGUAAGGUGACGACAUUUUUUAUGGAACUUCUUGGAAUAAAAGACUUGUCUUGUCGUUUCA